UUGUAAUUUCUGCAAGCUGUUUUCGCAUGUAUUUCACACCCCCACACCAGGUGGCGGUAUCCCCUUCACUAAUCCUGCACUUGGCUCUCAAAGCCCCUCUUGCACGGCUGGCGCUCUUCCAUUGUUUAUAGGGCGGGUCUGCUUCUGCGCAGCUCCUUUUGGAAUGUGCAGCGCAUGCGCAGACUCGCAGGGUGUAGAAUCCUGCGCUACUGGAACUCAAAGAUAAACAACAACAAACGCUAGAAGCAGAGAAAGAAAAAUACUAAAUGCAGCAGAUGAUGUUAAAACACAGCUACUAAACAGAAUCCUGUGUGCUGCCAUGGACAGUGUGAAGAUGGAAUCUGUCCAGAUUAAAGAGGAGUUCCUUGAACUUGUCCCCAUUAGAGUGGAGUUCUCUGGGCUGGCUUCCCUCCCCAUUAAACAGGAGCUCUGUGAGAUGCAAUGUGACAGCAGUCAGCCAGAGGACUCUGAGAUUAAAGCUGAGCACAAUGAAUUGGAGAUCCCCCAGACAGAAGAACCCCUUCCUGUGAAACAAGAAGAGGUGCUGGAAACUGUCCGUAUUAAACAGGAGCCUGAAGGAGUAUUGAAGGAAGAAUCCAAGGACUUCAAACCAAACAUCCCUAAGCUGGAGCCUGUACGCCUGCGGGAGUGUAGCGUGGUGCUGGAGAGAAUCUGUGUGAGAGAGCAAGGCGCUGGAGAGGAAGGCUCUCCCAACAGCACGCAAGGAGGUGGAAAGGAAGACGGGCGCUCCCAUUCAGAAUGCAGUCUAGCAGGUUCCAGUCCAGCAGCUAAAGCGAGGGCGGGCGGUGGAGAAUAUCCUGACUGUGGGAAAGGGUUCAUCCAGUUAGGGCAUUUAAAACAAAAACAGAGCAUUCACACAAGAAAGAAACUGUGUCGCUGCUCGGACUGCGGGAAGAGUUUCAGUCGAAUAGAUGGUCUUGUUUCACACCAGCGAAUUCACACAGGAGAGAAACCAUAUCGCUGCUCUGACUGUGGGAAGAGUUUCAGUCAGUCAAACAACCUCAAAAAACACCAGCGAACUCACACAGGAGAGAAACCUUAUCACUGCUCGGACUGUGGGAAGAGUUUCAGUCGAAUAGAUGGUCUUGUUUCACACCAGCGAAUUCACACAAGAGAGAAACCUUAUCGCUGCUCUGACUGCGGGAAGAGUUUCCGUCGAAUAUACAGUCUUGUUUCACACCAGCGAAUUCACACAGGAGAGAAACCUUAUCGCUGCUCUAACUGUGGGAAGAGAUUCAGUCGAAUAGACCAUCUUGUUUUACACAAGCGAAUUCACACAGGAGAGAAACCGUAUCACUGCAAGGACUGCGGGAAGAGUUUCAGUCGAAUAGAUGGUCUUGUUUCACACCAGCGAAUUCACACUGGAGAGAAACCUUAUCACUGCUCUGACUGCGAGAAGAGUUUCAGUCAGUCAGACAGCCUCAAAAAACACCAGCGAAUUCACACAGGCGAGAAACCAUAUCACUGCUCUGACUGUGGAAAGAGUUUCUGUCAGUCAAACAACCUUGUUUCACACCAGCAAACUCACACAGGAGAGAAACCGUAUCGCUGCUCUGACUGUGGGAGGAGUUUCCGUCGGUCAAACAGCCUUGUUUCACACCAGCGAACUCACACAGGAGAGAAACCUUAUCCCUGCUCGGACUGUGGGAAGAGUUUCACUCUGUUAGGCAACCUCAAAAAACACCAGCGAACUCACAUAGGAGAGAAACCUUAAAUGGGACGUUUCACUCAUGAGCGAAAAAAACGUUAUCCUUGCAUUAUGAAUCCUUGUGAAAAUUACUGUUUUGUAUAUCACGUGAGCAUGCAUUUUAAAUGGUCAAAAUGCUCUUCAACUCUCGCACUGUGAUUGUCAGAAUGUGGGCGGAGAUGCGGACACGUCACAAGAGGCUUCUCUGCUGUCAGUUUAACUCGGGCUGUCAAUGCAGUCAGUGCCUGGGAGCGGGAAUAUGCAGAAAGGAAACUAUUCUGCACCUCAUCUGAUGGACGAGUCAGGAGAAAUUGAUAACUCAGUGUGGGGAAUGAGUUUCAGGGUUUAGCAUUUAAACUGCAUAGACUUGAAAAUAAAUACAUUGAUGGGAACGAGUAUCCCGACCCCGGUAUGUAGCAUCCCAGAGACAAGACUGCACCGUCCUUACUGGACAACCGCCUGGAGGGUUUGUCUUGUAAAUUCAUCACAAUCCUAAAACUAAUGAGAAAUGAUAGUGUCCCAUGGCUGCAUUGACAUGAAUGGCUGAAGAUUGCGUGACGUGUAGCUUUGCAAUGUGCAUUGUCCAUGCUUGUAUUUGUGCUGCUCUUGUAAACUGCCCUGAGUAAUAGCAGUGUUGCAAGCUUGUGUACGGAUCUUAGGUACAGAAAGGCAGACCGGUUUCAUCCCUGGCUGUUUCUUGCUCUUUUGCAGUAUUUUACACUAUGUGACAGAUUACAAAUGAAAAUGUAGUUUAGCUUAGUUUACCCUUGAUCAGGGUGUCUGCUAAUAAAUACAUAGUAAUUACAGAGCACAAAAUAAUAGAAAAUGCAGUAUGGUAAUGGAAAUAAACGUGUCUGGGGGGGGGGGGG